CUGUACAUCGUCUCACCCAAUCCAAUCCGUUCCUCCUUUCCCGGCUCCCGGUCUUGAAUAUAUAAAAAGCCCCCUCCGACUUCGAUCCCCUAACACCUCAUUCAUUCCCCAACUUUCUCUCUCUCUGGCACCAUUUCUCCUCCAAAUCCCUAUCUACAAAUUAGUCUCUCGAUCGGCUGGCUGCUGAACUGAAAAAUGCAAAGGCAGGUGGCUGGUCGGCGGGACAACGCGAUCCAGGAGCUCCUAAAAGGUCGGGACUUCACUUGCCAGCUCAGCCUCCUUCUCUCUCUUGAUUCCAAGCAGUCCUUCAUCGCGCGCAGCGGCGGCGGGUGCGCUGAAGAUCUGGUGGGGAAGAUCCUCUCCACCUUCACUCACACCAUCUCGCUCCUCAACACUACUGCUGCUACAGCUACAGCUACCAAGGCCGAGUCCUCCGACGAGGUCUCUCAGCUGGGUCCCCGCAAGUCGGAGAGCUCCUCCGGUGACACUGACAGCAACCCCUCCACCAGCAAGAACGACCGCCCAGCUGGAUGCACCAAGAAAAGAAAGGUUGCCGCAUCCCGAUCCUGGGUGAAAGAGAGCCGAACCCUAGUGGACGACGGCUACGCGUGGCGGAAGUACGGGCAGAAGAAGAUUCUGGAGUCCGACUUCCCCAGGCACUACUACAGGUGCACUCACAAGUUCGACCACAACUGCCCAGCCACCAAGCAGAUCCAGAUGCUCCAAGACCGGCCCAACCCGCUCUACCGGACCACCUACUCGGCCCACCACACCUGCAACAAUCACUUCACUACCUCUUCGCACCAACAUUUCCUGAUGGACUCCGCCGUUGAUUCCACGGCCAGCUGCCACCUCAUCAGCUUCAGCAACAACAGUACGACUACCACCACCCCUUUCCUGGCGUCAUUGUCCGGAUCCUCCUCGGCAGCAACUCCUGCUCCAUCGGUAGUGAAGCAGCAACAGGAGUCCUUGAGCGACGUGGCGAGCUCCGGUCGUCAAACCCUAAACCAAAGGGAAGCGGCGGCGACUGCCUCUGGAUCCUCCAUUAUUAGCACGGCGGCUGAUGAUGAUGAUGAUGAGAAUGAGAAUGAAAAGUACGACAUGAGUUUCAUUCAAAUGAUGAUUAUGGAUUCCGUUGAUGACUUCCAAGGGUUAUUGGGUUGAUGCCCUGCAGUCCAGCUCAGCUUUGAGCUUGCUAUAUAUAUGUUGAUGUUUUUCGUGAUUUUUGGGGUUUCCUCUUCUGUUUUGGUUCAUUUUGUUGCGAGAAUUUCAACAACAACAAAAAAAAUAACGGUGGAGGGAGGUAGUGUAAUGAGCACUCGAUGGAUCGUGUGCACACACACAUGUAACACAGUGGAGUGGCUAGCUAGCUAUAUAUUGCUACUCCUUUUUGGUGAGGAGAAGGUAAUGAUUAUUGUAGAGCGUUAUGUACAUUAAUCGUUAUACAUCUUUUUGUUUUAUGAUCACCAGUUUCGCUAAGAUCCCACAUUUUUACAAAUUCAUUUGCAUGGGACAUA